AUGAGCAACACUGAUAAUAAAGAGUCAACAGAGCUUACUGAGGAGAUGACGUCUAAAUCUGAAGCUAUAAAAGACCACAUGAAGGAUGUUCACAUUGCAGGACAAUCAAAGAGCCAGCUCAUGCUCAGAAAACUGAAGUCUGUUAUUCUUAAAAAGAGGAAGAUUGAUGCCCUCAAAGAGGGCUUGAAUACAAAUUGUGUUGUGGACAAUGAGCUUGGACCAAAAAGGAUUAAGAAUGACAUGGCACCUGCAACUACAAGGAACAUUAAUGACACAUGCACCCAGGAGUCUGCUGUAGGUGAUCAAAAUGAUCCCAACUCACUUUCAGCUGACCCUCUUUUUGCCCAUGCUCUGGGUCUGACUCCCAAAAGUACACAAAAUAUACAAACAGAUACAAAAGCAGUGCACAGAACUUACUCAUCUGGGGCAAAAGAAAUAUUUGCAACCAAAGAUCGCAAACCACAAAGUCUUUCAUCUCCUAAAGGAACUCGACUUAAAAUGCUUAAAAAGCAUCAAAACCUUUCUGCAGAUCAAGUAAAAAAGAAGUGGUGGUUGCAUUUUCAAACCCCAGCUUGUUAUGCUGAAAAACAAUUCCAAGAGUGUUUAAGUGAUAUUUCAGUCAGGAAGAUAAUUCAGGAAAAAACAAACACAUCUUCAGAGGCUUUGAAUUUACUGGCUGACUUGGCACUUAGUGACAAUAAAGAACAGGUUUCACCCCAUCCAGCACAAGAGUGUGAAUUUCAGGCGAAUGUUACCAAUCCUGAAAAUCAGACAGUUCUUCAUGCUUUGCUUAGACAGCCUGCUGCUAAAUCUGUUCAGCAACAAGAACGUCCUUCACCAGACUGUUUUGAAGGCACUGGAUUGGUUGAUGUGAUAUAUCAAGAACAUGCUUACUCAUUGCCCUCAUCUCCCUCUUUGCCGUUGGCGUUGCCAGCACCUUUCCAGGUUUCACCUUUAAAUGGUUCCUCUAGACUGCUGCAUGCUCAGAGACUGUGGGGUGAAGCAAGACAAAAGCCUCCUGUCAGUCCAGAAGAUAAAGUUGAACAAAACAAAAUGGCUCCAGGAGACCCCAAAAGGAGUUGGUACAGAAGAAAGUUCUGCCUGUCACGCACAAUCGAGAACAGGGAUAAGACCGUUCAAGUCACAAGACACUGGAAGGAAGACUAUGACUUUAAUCUGGACAGCCGGUUCACAGCAGAUCCUAAGGACAAAACAAUUGUCAGAUCCUUACACGGCCCCUGGGAUUCUUCUAUUCAUGACAGCAAUGAAGAAGUACAGCUCAUCGUUCACAUGUGGAUUGGUCUGUUUUACAGUCGGUCGACUGCUCGGUUCUUUCAUUUUGAUCCAGACAUCACAUUUCCAGCUCCAGAUGGAGUGAAAGGGUCCAAAGAAAAGAGACCUGAUCAGAAAGCCUCAGACACUGCUGUGCACGGUCCUUUACUGAAUGUAGCGGACAAGCCAGAAGCACAAGUUUUGGAUCUUAGCAAAUCCAAAAACAGUGUCACAGGCACCGAACCUGUUUCUUUGAACUCAUCACUGAAAUUGUCCAGUGUGGAAAUUUCAAAUGAGAAUCCUGAAGCCAAAACACAAGAGCUCAUGGUGAAGACUCAAGUUCCAGAAGAACUGAACACAUUAAAUCCUCAAGGAUUGCAAACAACUCAUCCCAUUCAGUGGUACUUGAAUAUGAUGCCGGCUGCAGGAGUUUCCCCAUUUCUGAAUUAUGUCAGUAUGCCUGUAAAUAAUGGUAAUUCUUCUGAAAUUAAUCAUCUGUUUAUUCCGGUUUGGAAUGGAAUCACAAAUGGAAUGACCAAUCCAAACAUGCUGACCAACGAUGCUCACACACCUUCAGUGGCUUCUGCUGAGUCAGGUGAAUCCCAACAGAUAGAGGAUGCUCCUGAGAACUUGACCAAAAGAAGAGAAUUGCCUAUCAGAAGACAAGAGAGCUCCAAAAGACAAGGGAAAAGAACCCAAAGGAAUACUUAUUUAUCAGCUCCAAAUAAAAAAGAAUCUAAUGAAAAUAAAAUGCAUGCAAAAGAUUUGCCUAACUCUAAAGCUUUAACUGAUCGAUGUCCUACAAAUGGAGAUGUGAAUGCUGUGAGAUGUAGCAAUCUUUUGGAAAUUAAGAAGAAAUAUAUGGAAAAACUAAAAGCUGCUUCAAGCCAAGUUAACCAGAAAAUAGAUUCUUCCUCACCUCAAAAUGACAGAGAAGUUGGUCAAUGUAUUCUCCUAAAGAAACUCUUGCGGCAGGACACCAUUGCAGAAACAUCGAAACUCCAAUUCCUUUUGAAAAAGACAGCUGUCUGUGAAAACUCUGCUAAAACUUGUAAUGAAAAUAUGUGGAUUAAUCAAAAAACAAAGGAGACAGCUUGUGCUGAAAAUUUAAGUGGACACAGACCUUUGAACAUUAUUUGUGUGGAUCCGUUAGUUGAAUUAAAAAAACAGAAAACCAGUCACUUAGAAAACUCUGCCAUUGUGUCUGAACAAUAUGUAGCCAAUGAUGGUCUUUUCAAAGGUCAAGAUAUAAACAUGAGAACACAGGAUUUAGUGGUUGAAAAUCCUCCAACAGAUGGCAACAGAUUGGGUUUAUCUCAAGAUGAGUAUGUCAAAACCAUUGAAUCCCCUGUGAUUAAUACAGUUAACAUUUUACACCAUCACCCAACUGAUGAAGCUGAGAACAACAAGUAUUGUGAUGUUAAUACAUGUACUGGAAUGAAUACCUCUCUUGAAGAUAAGUCACUAGAGCAAACUAGUGACUCUACCAAUGAGGUAGAUCAGCAAGGUUUUGAACAUAUGGAGGUAGUGCCAUCAGACAGCUCUGAAGUCACCGCACCAACAUCUACCUACUCAGACAGUACAAACUAUGACGGUCAUAGUCAACAUAGAGAACAACUUGUUGCUGGAAGUAAAGUCAACCAUCCAUCUGAUCUUGUCAGUGAGCUAGAUGAUAGAUGCCCUACUCCAACAAUAGAUGAACAACCAUUUGUAUACACAAGUCAACUAAAGUCUAACUCUGAUGUAAAUGAUUUGGAUAAAGUUUGCCCAGAUACCUCUCAAAAGGAACCCAGUACAAGCUUAACACCUGUAAUGGAUGAGACUUUGGUUGAAAAAGCUCCAAAAGAAUUUAAUUGUGAUACAAUGGCUAAUGUUGGCAAUCAGUCUGAUAUUGAACUACGGACUCUUAGAACUUUAAAAUGCUUAGAUGAGUAUUUAAGCACAUUACAGAACAGGAAUCAAUCACUCUUAAACUCUGAAGACACACCUAAUUCAUCACUGUGCUUAAAGAAAAGGACAUCUAUGAAAAGUACAUUCAGCACGGGUGAUUCUUGUCCCCCAGAAGUGAAAUCUGAAUCUUCCCAGUAUUUACCUUUCAGUGAUGUAUUAGCCGGCAAACUCAAUAAAAGUAAUGUUAAUGGUGAAGAAGAUGGCCUUAAAUCAAACCAGUCAAGCCCUGGAGUGGCUGGGAGACCAUCCCAAAUUGUUAAGGAACAAGGACAUAUUUCCCUCAGCAAAGUAAGAGAAAACCCUGAUUGUAAUGCACAGUCAAAACCAGUUAUAAGGUUUUCUAUAAAAAGGACACGACAGGGAGGCUUUGUUUGCAAUGGGUCAGUUUUUGAAGCCCAUCAUCAAAAUGAAAACCGUUCUGAUACCUUUGUCCUAAAAAAGUGCAAAGAGCCUGACAAUCAAGAACUACAAAAUACUCAAACGCCUACUACGUCCACACAGCCAGUUGAAUCUCAUGAAAGCAAGUUGCAAGUUCUCAAGCAUGAUCAUAAAACUGGCGAUGAAGACCUUUUGAAUUACUCAACAUCAUUUGUAGAUUCCAAAACAAAUAAAAUUACAGAUGAUAGUCUGGGAGUUCAAGGCUCACUUAGUUGUACAGUAUCCAAUAGUGGCAGAAAGGCUUCUUCAUUUCUGGAAAAGGUAUCAAAACGAUGUAUGCAGGAUGACCCGACUCAGUCAUCAAUGGAUAACGAGUGUUUGAUCUUCCUGGAUCAAAUGAAGCAACUUUUGAAAAGAAAACAAGACCAAGGAGCCCAGUGUGAUCAAUCAAAUCAAUCGCCAUCAUCUUGUCCCAUAACUGUACAGUUUUCUCAUAUUCAGGAGCAAGCUGAUGUAUUAGAUGACAUUAUGAUACCAUCUGCAUUUAUUAAUCAAAAAAUAAGUGUAGACAUGUCUGACAAAAAACAAGAAGAACUCAAAACAGGCUCCACACAACAAAUUUCUUCAAAGCCUCAACCACAUGGAGUGCUGGAACAGCCUGGGGUGUCAGCUAUCACAGCCCAAUGUACACGGCUGUACAGGGACAUCAUGAAUAAGAUCUGUUCAGAAACAAAGAAUGCGUCUCUGCUGAGAGACCUACACAAGACUGAUUCUGAAGAUUCAACUGCUAAUUCUAGCAACUACUUUGACUUUUGUAGUCAAAUGAAGAGGGAAAUGGAUGACUGCUUUCACAAUAGCCUGAAUUCAGUGGUGAAGAAAUCUUGCAAAAGCAAGAACCGGUUCUUCUUGUUAGUCACAUCAGAUGAUGACUUCUUCAACAGAACCCAGGCACAUUUGGAGGCAGAGGGUCAUAUUGCUGUUCAACCAUCAGACUUUUUCAUUAGAGAAAACAGCUCCUCACCAUUACUGGUUAUCAUCAGAAAUGAAGAUAUCGCUGGACAUAUUUUUGAGGUCCCACAUUUGCUUGAGCUUCGAAAGUCUCCAGUUGUCCAGUUUGCAGGGAUUGAUGAACCAGAUGAUGUUGUCAAUUUAACAUAUCAGGAGCUCUUCAUCAAAGGUGGUUUUGUGAUGUUUGAUAGAGGUGCAGUAGAGUCCUUGAGCCCAGGAGACAUGAAAAAGAUCUUAGAAAUAUUGCAAAAACUCGGCCAAACAGGCAGGUGGAAGUGGGUAUUGCACUACAGGGACAGUCGUCGCCUCAAAGAAAAUGCAAGGUUGUGUCCCAAAGCUAAAGACAAAACAGAUCUAUUGAACAAAUGCAAAGAAGAUGGACUGUUGGACAUUUUGCCUUACCAUGAAUGUGAUCUUGUGUCAAGACAAGAGCCCAACUAUCUUCAAUGCCUUUGCCACCAGCAGGUCCAAAAUAUAUCAUCCCGGUACCCUGUUUUUGUAACUGAUUCAGAAACAGACGGUGUGUUUGAAAAGAAUGGGAUUAUGACAAUGACCGUCAACACUUUCCUGAUGGGAUUGCUCAGUAAAACUAUUAAUGGCAUUACAUGAAAAACUGAUGAUUCUGAAAGACAAUCAGCCACAAGUGUACUGUAUUAAGUAAAACUAUCUUGUUGAUGAGAAACACUAUCGUUUUCAGAUAGUGGAAUAAAUCAGACAAUUGUGAUUAUUUACUUACUAUAUGGUCCAUUGUGGCAUUUUGUUCAAUGUGUUUAUUGCAGUUUUAUUGCUUUUUUUUUAUUUUAUUGUAAUUAUAGUUUUUACAUACUAAAUAAUAUUGACCAGAAGUUUGCCUUAAUUGUCAGUAAUAUUUUGUACAGCUAAACAUAUCUGUACUUAUUUACAUAUAAUAUAAGCCUGAGUUUGUAUAGUAAGUGUAUUGACAAAGAAGUUUGUUUUGCAAUAAAAAGUAUAUAUUUUCAAUAUGACAGAGUUCCUUGUGGGAGGCAAACAGCUGGUUCCUGACCUUCUGUUACAAUUUCUACUGCUCAACAGCUAAAAGUGAUGUCCUGAAGCUUGCUUUGUGUCAGAUUAUUAUUAUUUUUUUAUUGCCAUAAAUGUAUCCAAUUAAAAGUACACAAUUUACAAGAUCACCAAAGUACAAAAUAAUUAAAAUAUUUCAAGUUUUGCAUGCUUUGUCUACCAUUAAAAUUGUUUUUUCUCA